CCAUCAGCCUCUUAUCAAAACAAAGGAGUGGCUAUAUACCGCAGCUAUCUUUGCGAGGGCCAGUCUGCUAGUCUCUUUAGCUAACCUUCCCCUCUCUACUCUCACCACAACAGUUAGCUAGACCGCGCUACUUCAGAACGGCGAUGGUGAUUCCUACCAAAUUCGUCUCGCUUGCAGUUCUGAGUAUUGUGGGUGCACGCUGCUUCCUCAGCACUGCAGCUCAGCCAACUGCAACGCAACAGAGCUACCUUUACUAUCAUCUGGACAGUCCGCCGACCGACUUGCAAGUGUCGCCAUUUGACGCAAGCAUAAUUGUGAGUGCGGGCCAGAAACUGCAUCUACUGAACCCAGACUUUUCUCCCAAUUCAAGUUUGUCGACGCACGACGGAGGAGAAGUCCACCGGAUCGCUCUCUCCUACAACACCAGUGACGUCGUGCUCGCCUGCAAGGAUGGCUACUGCACUCACUAUGAAGUUGACUGGCUGUUUCCAGAGAUCCUCAAAUCAACAAUGGUUGGAAGAGGUUACGAUAGUUUUCCACUCUCACUAGAUCCUGGUGGAUUCUAUAUUGCCAGUACGGAUAGCAUCUCAAUGACAAUCCUGCAGCUUGACCAAGAUUCAAACACUUUGCGCAAUUACGACGGUGUAUUCCAAAACGAAAACUUCUUACGCCGACAGUUUCUGCACGGAUUCCAGAUGGGGAACUUUGUCUAUUACAUUGUUAGAGACAACGGUACACAUUCAUCCAACAACGUUCGCAUCAUGCGACUCUGUCACGAUACUGAAGUGUCUGAUUUUUGAUGCAGAGUACGAGGCAGUUCUUGAGUGCAGUGCCGUGUCCCCAAGCAGCAAGGUUGAAGUCAGUCACAAUCUAAUAGACGAAUUCGGCAAUGCCGUCAUUACUAUUUCGGUCACUACCGAUCACGAAACAAACUUGUGUUCAUUCUUUCUCGAGGAUGUCAAUGCAGAGAUGGACAAGUCUUAUACACAGUGUUCCAAUGGAGAGAAUAAUGCCCUCGCGAUACGACUGGUGUGGUAUACCGAACAAACCUGUACUACAUUCAGUAAUUUGGCCAGAGGUUUGUGUGAUUUCAACCUGGCUAAUCACCUCAAUUCAGAACCAGCCCUAGCAGCCUUUGACCCAGUCAGAGGCCAACAUCUGCUGAGGUUCAACAACAGCGAAGAAAUCACAGCAGUUCUUACCGCUCGAGUAGGAAUGACAACCACCACUGACCUACUCUACGUAGCACUAUCAACAAGCCAGGACGACCAUUUCCUAGACAAGUACCAUAUUACUGCUGAUGGUGAAGUGGAGCUUGUAUCCAGAGACCAGUACAGUCUGCCCAUUACCCUACUCAGGUGGAAUGAGAUAAUGCAGGAGAUAUACGGAGGGAACGUCAACGGCGUCUUUGUAAUACCGCUGGAAAGGUGCUCAAAUUAUACCACCUGCGGUGAAUGUACUGGCAGUGGAGACCCACUGUGUGGCUGGUGUACAUUAGGACAGUACUGCAGUCAGAGUGUUGAGUGCUCGGGAAGCUCUCACACGGCACACUGGGUGGACAACCAACACCUGUGCAUUGCCUCUGUUUCCCUCACACGAGCUUCAAUGGACGUCGACCUUAUUCAGAGUGUGGAUUUGACAAUAGACCCAGCUGAAGCUAGCCUGCCAAGUCAUCCUCCGCACCACUAUCAAUGCACACUCUAUCAUGGGAGCAUUGAUAAUGCAACUUACUCCCUCACAGCUCCUUUUACCAAUGGAGCAUGCCAGCUACAACAAGCACAGGUUGAUGCCUUUGAUGGAUCGCAUAUAGAUUUGAACUUUCGACUACAGCUGGGCACCAGUACUACGGAAAUAUUUCCUACAUCAUCAAUGCUAGCCUUGCACAACUGCUCUCUACAUACUGACUGUUUGAAGUGUGUGGAAGCAAGUGAGGUGUGUGGAUGGUGCGUUCACGAUCGCAUCUGCACAGGGAACCCAACUAGCUGUCGGCAUGAAGAAGACUGGAGAACAAUUGAUGAGGAUGGUGUAUGUCCGGUUGUUAAUACUCCUGACCGUGGCAGCUACACUUUGCCAGUCUCCGUAAGAAGGGAACUGAUUCUAUCCACCUUCAACAUACCACCCGAGAUUCCUGGAUAUGAAUACGGGUGUCAGAUAAGGUAUGGAAAUGGAUCAGUACUGGGAUUGGAGGCUCAAUACUAUAAUCACACUGAAUUCAGAUGCCUGACAACAGAGGACCAGGUUCACAUGUCUGCAGAUGUCACUAAUGGAUCUGAAACCACUCAACUCGAAAUUCUGUGGCUGAGGAGCUCCGAUAAAUUUUCUGUCAUUCUACACACCAUAAGGCUGACACUGUACGACUGUGAGCUGAUGGGCAGUGACUGCUCAAGUUGUCUGUCGACCAACAUUGGGACGGGGUUCGACUGCCUCUGGUGUGACAAACUGGACACUGCAGACAUCUGCACAGUUCUAGACCACUGCAAGACACACUCUACACUCUUCAAUGACAUCAUCGACUGCCCUCUCCCUACUAUAACAGGCAUCAGUCCAGUGUCAGGUCCAACAGUGGGUGGAACUCGUCUGACAGUCACUGGAACAAACAUCGGAGCAGUGGCUGGAGACGUGACAGUGGAACUGGUGAAGAUGAUGAACCAAGUCACCGAGGAACGAACACCAUGUCUUGUUGACACGAACAGAUAUAUUCCAGGAAGCCAGAUAGUGUGCACCACAAGUGAAGCAUCAGAGGGAGAUCAUCUUGUCUCAGUCACCAUCCGCAGAGGGACGGGCACUGCUAGACCACUGGCACUACCCCACACCUUCACUUUCGCCCACCCCAUCAUCAACAGUGUCGAGCCUCAGCAAGGUCCCAAAGCUGGAGGUACCUAUGUCCUAUUCCAAGGUUCGAACCUCGACAUCAGCAGUCCUGGAGCUGCCAAAGUGUUUAUUGGAGACGUUCCAUGUGAUAUACAGGAAGUGACUCCGACUGUAAUAUCAUGUGUGUCGCGGGCUGUCGCGGCAGCAUCUUCGCAGCAUCGGACACGGGUUGUGAUUGACAAUGCAGACAUGCCUUCAGAGCUCUACAACUACACGGAGAAUCCAGUCUUUACCAGAGUUGAGCCUCAAAACAUCAUUCCUGCUGGAGGUGUGACCCUGACAUUUAGAGGCAGAUAUCUCAACAUUGUGCUCCUCCCAGAACUCAUCAUAACUGUUGACAACUACACGCUCUUUGGUACGUGCACGCCACGAAGUUCCACGAUACUCAAGUGCACGGCUCCAAAACUGCCGGUUGUUUUGCUGAGCAGUGGCACCAUCGAACGUAGGGCCGUGCCACGGAGUAGUUUGACUGGCAUCAUCAACUACACCAUCACAAUGGAUGGAGCAGAGGGCCCGAGAUCAGACCAAGUAGAUCUACAGAUUGUGGUCAAGCCGAACCCCGUCUUCUAUGCGCUACACAUGAAUGACAGAGACUAUACAUUGGACAGCGGACGGUCGAUUAGAAUAUUGGGAUCCAACAUAGAAUCUGUGUUGCCCAGUGAGCUGUCAGUAUUGGUUGAUGAUGCUGUCUGCACUCUUGCAGUGUUCAGCUAGUCUUUGCUUUUCUUCUCAUUUUCCAGCAAGUAAGGUGCUUCCCUCCAGAUACAGUGCUGCCUGGUGACAGGCUAGUGAAAGUGUACGUAGGUAAGAGUGGUCUGAACUACUCUGUGGGGUUCCUGAGGUACAGCAAGGACAGUUCCAGUGGGAGCAACAGCGAUUUUCUCCUCAUAAUCAUUCCUGCCCUGGCUGGGAUCAUCAUCGUCAUGCUCACUCUCCUGGCACUCCUCUGCUGCUCUAUCGGAGUCCUCGUCCGUAGGAAGAGAGCUUACAAGACCAAGCAGAGGUCCACAGCCUUGCGCGAGGAAGACAAGACUGACAUGGCUCUGGUGCCAGUGUUCCCCAACAUGUACAAUGGGAAUGGGAGCAGACACGUGUCGGGAGAACACGAAUAUGACACCAUCCCCGACAUUCUUGAGCAGAUGCAGAUUCAGCAACUUCAGCAGAUGGAAAUGAUAACGUGUGCAGCGCAGCACAGGAUCCCGCUCACAGACAUCCAGACUCCGCCCACCAAACGCAGCAGCAACAUCUACUACAGCGACGAUGAGGGGCAUGGCUCCAGCACAGGCAGCACAAACAACAACUCAUCUCCAUCGUCGCGACCAAACAGCGCCAUCCUGUCCGGAGGCUCCCAGCCCCACAUUGUUAGCACGACUGGGUCACUCUCCUACAAGAAUGUCAAACACCUUCCCCUGCCACCACUGCCAACCUCAAUGAGUGAUGAGUACGUGGCAAUGCAUUCGUACACCACUGACGGCAGCUCGAGCCCAGCAGGUCAGUCCUCCUACCUUCCUCUGGACAAGACUGGGUCGCCUACUACCACUGCCACAGUGGUAGUCCAUGGCCCUCCAUCCCCACUGGAACCUGACAAAGUGGCUGUGGGCGACGACUAUGACAAACUGGAGCCAAAGAAAGAAGAGGAGAAAAAGAAACUGACAGAAGAGGAAGAAGUGGGAGACGUGAACGAGAAGACAACCGCAGCUGAACUCACAGUCGUGGUCCUACCUGACACGCCAAUACUUGGAGAAGACUCCACUACUGCCUGAUCACCAGAACAUGUAUAUACACAAACUUAACACAGGACACUAAAGCACAGCUCAGCCAGAUAAUCCACAUGUAUAUAUACACCAUCAAUCGUGUGUGUAUAUCUCACAUAGACCAACAUAAUGACUAUGUACAAAUCUUGUGAAAAUUUCAAUCAUCACAGCAGCACAGUGAGCUAUCAUGUAAUUACACUUGUUAUGUCGUCACCAAUUUUUAAAGUUAGACUCGAUUUCAUUUGCCCUAUCAGCAUUAUCUGUACAUGUCAUAUAUACAGUCUAUAUUGUAGUUGUGAAAACAGGCAUAAUCAGUACAGUUCUCUAUUAUGAUAGAUAUUACAGAGGAAAUAAGUCAGUAAAGGGUUUUAAUUAAAGAAACUAUAGUAUUGAUUUAUAUUUUAGUAUGAACUGAAGGAAACGUGGAAUUUUAAUCCUAAAAAGGCACGAGCCAGCUCUGUAAGAGUUAAAGAUUAAAGUGUCAGCCUUUAACCAAACCUACAUAACAUCAGUCCUCGUUAUCUUGCAUAUUGAAAUCUCCAGUUGCAAAGACCUCCUUGAUACCUUGGACCCUCAGCACCACUAGUUUAUUUCCCUGGAGUAGAAUGCCUCCAGUUCGAUUCCCAAUUUCGUCAUUGGUAUUGUCGUCGUCGUUGUAGAAGGCGUAUUUGGUGUCCGCUGCCGUUAGCGAUUUUGCGUAGACAAUUACCUCGUCUCGUUCGUCUCGAGUCACCUCUGCAUCCUGCGCAUCUAAAACCGCUAUCUGAUCCUCUGACUGAAUUUGUCGGGCGAGUUUUUCAGCACUGGUGGCAGACUCCUGGGACAGUAGAAUCUUUAUCUCUCGUACACUUUCCUCCUUAUACAACCUGUAUUUUCCAUCCUUGAUUUCUCGGAGUUUGACGCACUGUCCACAGACAAUAUUGCUGCCUCCACCCUCUCCUUCCUCUUCCUCCUCUUCCUCCUCUUCCGCACUGAUGUCACUGCUCUCAGCUUCAUUUCCUUCAUCAUCAGAGGGUCCACCGUCAGACUCAGAGCCAUCAAUCUGGUACUCUUCAUCACUCUCACUGGUCACACCCUCCCCACCCACACCCUCCCUACUUUCCCCAUCUGCCGCCUUGCCAGUGGAAGAUGUACACGGUCC